AAAUUCAAGGUUGUUGCGAACCACAUUGAUGCGGACGAUGCAGUUGACAAAUGGAAGCGUUAUUUGUACCAACGUCCGGUGCUGCCAUCUACAUCCAAUGCUAAAGUGCCAAUUCAAGACACAGACAUGCCUCUUGUUCGCACUCAAGAACCGCAUGCAAUCAGGGAAGAAAUCGCCAGAGCCAGAUUCUGCACUGUCCUUAUGGAAAAAGUUUGUCCCUUAAUCCUGAGAGUCUUCGAGGAUUUCAGCGAAGCCAAAAAACAGAAACUCCGUUUCAACUGCGUUAAAGCGAUGCUACGGGCAUUGGCUGAUGUUCACGCGUAUAUCAAAUCUUGGAUGCUGAUCAACGAAGAGGAAGCCGGGCAAACGCAACCGGUUUUGAGAAUUUUCGGGGAAAUCCAGGAGUCGGGAAAUGUUUUGUACAGUUUCUCGAAGAUAAUUAUUGAGUUUCAAGGAGCGUUGCACGCGAAGCUGCAAGACAAAUUCCGGGAUUGCAUGGCUGAAGUAUUUGUGUAUGGAUUUGCCGCGUGUUGUUCUCAUUUUGCAGAUGAUUGCAACUGCACCGGAGUGGAUCCGAGUUUUUACGCUCCAUGUACUGUGAUGGAUUCAGAUCAAGAUUGCUCGUGUAAAGCGUGUAUUCUUGAAGAUUUCCGCGUUGUCACUGCCCUUUUGGUAGACUUGGAACUGAUCGAGUGUCUCGGUGGAGACUUCGUGUCUUCUCAUUUGAAAGCAAAAAUCCGAGCGAAGGUGAAAGAAUUGAUAGCAGAAGCGCAGAAUCAGCAGCACUCUGGAGCCCUGAUGGAGUCAUUGGAAACAAUCGUUGGGAACUGGUUGAAUGCGGUUUAUUGGCCAUCCUUGGAUGUUUUGACUUCAACGAAAAUUCGAGAUCUUCUGAUGCCUUGUGCUCAAGAACGUGCUCAUCAAGCCAAUACCAGGAUCAAGAUGUUCAUGAAGGCACAGUUGAUUGAAUAUGCGUAUCAUUCAAUUUUUGUGGUGGUUACCAGCAAUAUUUUCAACAUCAUUGUUGAAUUUCCGGAAUCCGCUGGCAUUUUGGACGAUCUGAAAGCAGCAUUCGUGCACCUGGGUUCAUCGUACAAACGCAGAUUCGUCGAUUCCCUGAAAACAGUUCUUUCGGACAAGCUUCUGCAACCAGGAGUAGCGACACACGACAUACUAACUGCUUACGUCUCUGCCCUGAAGGCGCUUCGUUACUUGGACCCGUCCGGUGUUUUAGCCCUCGAGGCGUGUAGUCCCAUGAAAAAUUAUUUAAUGACCCGCAACGACACCGUCAAAACUAUUGUGGUCAGCUUGACGGAUUCCAAGAGCGGGGGAUUGGCGGACGAAUUGACGCUUUCCGGAUUGAACCCUGCUGUUCAUGCGGAAGAUUGGGACGAGGAUGGCGGGGAUUCGGAUUACGCCGUGGGAGAGCUGGAAGACGAGAACUCUGCACCCAGGUUCGACAGCUCCAUGAGGGAAGGGGACUGGGAGGAUUGGGAACCGGAUACCUGGGAUGUGCAACCAGAAUUCCAAUCGAAGGCCAGUCGACACGCAGACAUAAUCUCAAUGCUUGUCAACAUAUACGGCAGCAGACGCGUGUUCAUUCAGGAGUAUAGAAAAAUUCUUGCCGAGAGGAUCAUCGACAGCUUCAACUUGAACCUGGAUUGCGAGAUUCGCUGCAAAGAAUUCCUCAAAAUGAGAUUCGGAGAAGCAUUUUUCCAGAACUGUGAGGUUAUGCUAACCGAUGUAAACAAAUCGUUGCGGUUAGCUUCCAUGAUUGAACAGGAGAGUGCGACGUCGCAACCUGCGUUCCAAAUGCUGACCUUGGUGCGAUCUGUCCAGUUCUGGCCUAACAUUUACCGUGGGGAGACGUUCGAGCUUCCUUCCUGCGUGAUGACGGAGUUCGACCAUUAUCGAGUCGCAUUCGAAACGCUGAAAGGAAAUAGAACAUUGAUUUGGGAUCCGCAUAUGGGAGAGGUGGAGAUUCGUGUGGAGCUUCAAGAUCGAGUUUUGAGUUUGAAGUUUGAAACCGAAGAUGAAUGGAUCCAUGCAGAUAAGGAAUGUUUCGCUUCCAUACCGACGAUCGCGUACUAUGAUAAUGAUGACGAGGUUGCGCGGGAAUGUGAAGCUGAAACGACCAAGUCGAAGAUGGACGCGUUUUGGUCUUACAUCGUCGGGAUGCUGAAAAAUUUGAAGACUUUGCCGCUGAAUCGGAUACAUUCGAUGUUGAAAAUGUUCGCUAUGCAAGAAGCGUCCGCGGAAGAAUGUUCAUUGGACGAAUUGAAGGAGUAUCUUCUUACCAAAGUGCGAAGUCAGGAGCUUUUCUUUUCCAAUAACAUGUUCAAGCUUCCUCCUGUC